AUGGAGAGGACCAACUCGCGCGUCCUCCUCAACGGCAUUCAUUUCGUCUUUCUCCUCUUCUUCUCCGGAAUGGAGUCCUCGCUCUCCUUCAUGACCUACGACCUCUUUGGCUUUGACUCUUCGAAGAACGGCCGGCUUCUAGGCUUCGUGGGCCUCAUUGCCUCCAUCCUACAGGGAGGUGUCACCCGCCGGUUGCCACCCCUCACCAGCGUCCGGACAGGGGUUAUUGCUUGUCUCGUGGCCUUUGGCCUUUUGGCCCGCCUUCAGACAGUCUCCAUGCUCUACCUGGCGGCCACAUGCUUGGCUAUGACGUCCGCGACGGUGGUGACGGGCCUGAACGCUUUGAGUAGCUUCGAGGCGAGCGAGAACGAGAGAGGAAGCAAGCUCGGCAUGAUGCGUAGCUGGGGCCAGCUCGGACGGGGCCUUGGACCUGUACUCUUCACCAGCGUGCCCCCCCGAAAGUUGAUUACCCCCGCCACCCCCAAAAUCGCCACGGGACUACUACAGACAUCUACCAUUAGCAGCCAAUACUGCAUCUUCCACGCGAAAUUGGGAGAGUGCGAGAAUCAUCUCAUCUGCGCCGGUCGCUGCCGAGCACCUCUUUCGCGCAAGUCCACCCAGAUUCCGCAGCGGCCACCCAUCAUGAGCUUGUUAACGGAAGACCAAUAUUUCUCGGCCAACCCCGCGCCCAAGCUGCUCGAGCGGCACGAAGCGCAAGCCAAGUCCUUUAUCGACGCGCACGCCGCCGGCGGCCGCCGCGUCACGGUCCGGUUCAUCGACAACUUUAGCGCCGGCACGCGAGGCGCCACCUCGGCCGAGUACUUUCUCGAGGCCGGCUACGCCGUCAUCUUCCUGCACAGGCAGUUCAGCCUGCUUCCCUACUCCCGCCACUACAGCCACACGACCGACUGCUUCCUGGACUAUCUCACCGAGGCGCCCGGCGGCAAAGUCGUGGCCAAGCAAAUCGAGCAGGAGCGCUUGCUCGACGUCCUGCGAAAGUACCAAACCGCCAAGGAGCGCAACCUCCUCCUCAUGAUCCCCUUCCUCACCAUCACCGACUACCUCUACGAGCUGCGGAGCAUAGCGCGCCUCAUGCGGCCCCUCGGCCCCUCCGGCCUGCUCUACCUCGCCGCCGCCGUGUCCGAUUUCUUCGUCCCCUCCGAUCGCAUGGCCGAGCACAAGAUCCAAUCCACCGAUGCCGCCGACAAGGUCAAGCUCGGGAGCGCCUCCGACACGUCCGCCCCCGCCACGACGCCGGCCACAGCCGACACGGACAGCUCCUCGGAGCCGAUCCUCCACCCUUCCUCCACAGUCGCCGCGGGCGUGCCCAAGACCAUCACCGAAGAGGAGGAGACGUUUGACAACUUCGACUCCUCCCCCAAGGUGCCCCGCUCCAAGCGCCUCGUCAUCGACCUCGACCCCGUGCCCAAGUUCCUCAAGAAUCUCGUCGACGGCUGGGCCCCUGAGGGCAUGAUUGUGUCCUUCAAGCUCGAGACCGACCCCUCCAUUCUCGUCCACAAGGCCGCCUACUCCCUCGACCGCUACCAGCACCACCUCGUCAUCGGCAACCUGCUCGCCACCCGCAAGUGGGAGGUCGUCUUCGUCGCCCGCAACAGGCCCGACCGCUGGAUCCGCAUCCCCGACGACCGCCGCGCCAAGUCCUCCAGCGGCGUGCAGAAACUCGUGGGCAGCGCCCAGAGGUCCGCCUGUGACGCCGACCCCGGCGACCAGCCCAUGGACCCCAGCUGUCUGCCCGAAGGCGAGCCCGAGGUCGAGAUUGAGGGCCUCAUCAUCCCCGCCGUGCAGGAUAUGCAUACGGAUCACAUAAGGCAGGCCGCGGAAAAGAAGCGGCAGGGAUAA